AUGGAUGCGAAAAAGGCCAGAAGAAACGCGAAAAGUUCGCUAACACGUCGCAGUAAUAAUUUAUACAGCAUGAUUGAAAACAACCGGCCUGUUGAAGAGAUAACAGAAGCGCUAGAACUAGUAGAAAUAGACUAUAAAACUGUCGUAGAAAAGCAUGAGGCUUUAGUAGAAAAGGUCGAUGACGAAGAAUUUGAUAAGGAAGAAAAAUGGAUCGAAGAUUGCCGCGAGAAAACAUUAAUUUUGAAAUUCAGAGCGAAAGAUUAUAUUUUGAAAUCAAAACAGGAACAGGUCACCCAAGACACGUGCGCAGAAAAUGAUAUAGCUAAGAAAACACAGGAAACCCAAGAAAAUAACGGAGAAAAUACCAACACAGAUAUUAUAGAGAAUCAAAUACCAGAACAAAACACAGAUAGCAAUUCUCAAGAUGUAGAACUUACCGAAGAAACAGAACAAACAGUUCAGGAAUUGACACCCCAACCGGCAGUACAGCAAAUGGAUAAUAAUGCAGAGAGUCCAACCAGUAACAAGGAAGUUAAAUCGUGUGCGUUCAAAGUUGAAAAGCCGAAAUUACCGAAGUUCAGUGGAGAUGUAAGAGACUACGUAAUAUUUCGGGGUGAUUUCAAGCAUGUUGUUGAAUCACAGUACAGCGACAGAGAUGCAAUAACAAUACUACGGGCAAGUCUUCAAGGAAAACCACUAGAACUGAUUAAGGGCAUAGGAUGUGAUUACAAAGCCGCAUGGGAGUAUCUCGACUCAAUUUAUGGAGAUCCACGAUUCAUAGCAGACACAAUUACGCAAGACAUAUCCAAGUUCAAAGCACUUCAGGAUGGCGAAGACGCUCGGUUUUGUGAACUGGUCCACCUAGUUAACAGAAGUUACAACACACUUAAAGAAGUCGGUCGCCCCAACGAUAUGAACAAUAAUCAUAUGUUAGCUUUAAUCGAGCAAAAAAUGUCAAGUGAUGAUCGCAAGGUUUGGGCACGAGAUCUCGAAAGAGAGAAAAAGGAAGCCACACUGGAAAACAUUAUGAAGUGGAUGACAACAGAAAUGAAGUCCCGCAUGAGAGCAUCAGCCCCUCUGCGAAACCAAGGUAGAACAAGAUGGAACGUCAACCAUGUCGGGCAUGAAGAACACGAAAGGCACAAGUGUUGGUUGUGCAAGACCUCAACGCACUGGGUCGAUCAAUGUUCGAAGCUAGAAGGUAUGAGUCCAGAGAACCGAAUGAAGCUGAUAAGAGAAAAUCGUGCUUGCUUCUCAUGUUUGAAGAAAACCAGCAAGAAUCAUAAAGCAGCUACAUGCUCACGAAGACGCCAGUGUACAGGCAAAGUAAACGGUCAACAAUGCAAGUCAUACCACCACCCCCUGCUGCAUGAAUCCAGCCCACCCAGUCAAGUUGGAGUUGCUUCAGUCAACAACGGCAAAGAAAGUAUGCUCCCAGUUAUUCAAGCGGAAGUUCUCGGUCAAGAAGGAAAGCGAAGGAAAGCUAACAUCUUAUUGGACUCUGGCGCACAAGUAAGCCUGAUUCGAAACUCGGUUGCCAAAGAUUUAAGGUUGAAAGGAAAGGAUGCGGAUGUAACCAUCACUAAAGUCGGAGGUGAAGAAGAGGAGAUCCAUACGAAGUUAGUUUACUGUCACUCGAGAACAAUAGUGUUCAUCAUAUUACUGCUAUUGGAAUACCGUCCAUUAGUGACAAUGUCGCCUCAGUUGAUGUUGGUAAAGUCAGUGAGAAACUGGGUCUCAAAGGAAGAAAGAUUGUUCGAGGAAACGGUCCAAUAG